AUGAGUGAGGUUUUCAAGGCAGGCCCCUUGCCAAAGACGUUGCUCGGUCGUCAUCGAGUGCUCUCACCAAAUGCCGGCGUGAGAGUUUCACCUAUUUGCCUUGGGGGCAUGAGCUUGACCAAUACAUGGGAAGGCUUCAUGGGCAAAGCAGACGAUCCCUCCAAGAUUCUCGACGCAUUCUUUGAACAAGGCGGCAAUUUCAUUGAUACAGCGAACAUCUAUCAAUUGGAAGAGUCGGAGAAGGUCAUUGGGUCUUGGAUGGAACAGCGUGGUAAUCGAGACCAAAUGGUUAUUGCGACCAAGUACUCAGCAGGAUACCGCAGUUACAAAUGUGAUGAAGAGCCUAUACAGUCCAACUACACUGGAAAUUCAGUCAAGGCCAUGCAUGUCAGUGUACGUGCUUCGAUGGAGAAAUUGAAGACUGAUUACAUUGACAUCCUCUAUGUCCACUGGUGGGAUUCUGUCACGUCCGUUGAGGAAAUUAUGCGGGGACUGCACUCUCUUGUCAUGGCUGGCAAGGUCCUGUACCUCGGCGCCUCUGAUUUCCCUGCCUGGGUGGUGAUGAAGGCCAACUCUUAUGCUCGCCAGCACGGUCUCACGCCGUUUUCUUUAUACCAGGGAAAGUGGAACGCGGGAUACCGCGACCUGGAGGCCGAAGUGAUUCCAAUGUGCCGUGAUCAGGGUAUGGCCAUCGUACCCUGGGAAGCGUUGGGUGCAGGGAAGUUUUUGUCGAAGGAGCAACGAGAAGCUAAACAAGGGGGCCGUCUCUAUGGACCGCCAGCGGAAGAGGCGCUGAAGGUUUCCGGGAAGCUGGAAGAAAUUGCUAAGCGCGAGAAUACAACCGUGCAAGCAGUGGCCCUUGCAUACCUCCUCCAAAAGACGCCUUACGUUUUUCCAAUGGUGGGCACACGUACGGUGGAGCAUGUCAAGGCACUGGAAGAUGGAUUGAAGAUCGCUUUGUCUAAAGAAGAUCUUGAAUUCAUCGAAGACGCGAUUCCAUUCAAUCCCCUGUUCCCCAUGACAUUUUUGUACACAUUCGGCGGGGAUAGGAAAUACAGCAUCGGUUUAACACCAGCGGACAAUUUCCAAUAUCGAAUGGCAAGCUUCAUGGAUAGUCCUGACCAUCAACCGCCCGUCAAGCCACCAACUAAAUGA